AAGCAAAAACAACAAAUUCCCCAUAUAAGCUACUUGAACCAAAGCAUUGAUCAUAUGGCGCCAAGUUUAAAAUCUAUGUGUUUGAUUCUUGUUCUUCUUGUGUCUUCUUCCCUUUUCGAGGCACGUCCUCUCCAUGAUGCUGAUCAGUCUAUAAGCAAAGGGUUAGACAUGUUCUUUGAUGGGCUGUAUAUUGAAGGGAUCAAAACAGGAGGUCCAAGCAAUGGAGGAAAGGGUCACGCCUUCACCAAUACUGAUACCCUUGGCACUAACUCAGGUCCAAGCGGCCCUGGUGAGGGACACUAAUUAAUCUGCUGCUUCCUGUCCUGUUCCUAUGUUUCUGUGUGUGUGUUGAAACAAAUUCAUUCAUUGUUUUUAUUUUAGUCUGUUCAAUUACCUGUUGUUUAAGGUAAUUAGUGUUUUGUAGUAAUUCUUUUUUGUAUGAUCACUGCACAGCAUAGUGUAACAAUAAGGAUUCUGUAGUAUG